AUGGAGACACGUCUCGAUGACCCGUCCGACCUCGACGCAUCGACGCAUCCUCCCCGUCCGUUGGACCAGUGGCCCCAGCCGGCAGACUUUCAUCGCACCAUCUACGAGCACCGCGCCGCCGUGCAGGCCUGCUCAGCGGUGCUGCUCCGGCUCAUCGCACUCGGCCUGGAUCUGCCCGAGGACUACUUCGACGACAGGUUCGUGAGCACGAUGCACCGGGUGCGCAACAUCAGCGGGCGCGGGUGCUACAACCUGGCGUACUUCUUCGCGUCGAGUCAGGACGUCAUGCUCAGGACUGUGCCGACAUUUGUGGCGGAGGGCGAGACGUCCAAGUACGAGGACGUCAAGGCGGGCGAUUGGCAGCGCGAGCGGCUGCUUCGCGCCAGGGUCAACCAUCCGGCGAGUAUUACUGCGAAGGCGAGGGGCGAGAUAUAG